UUCUGAGUGAUUUAAUAUGUGCAUCUGUUCACUUGCAUGCAUCUCUGAUACAUCUUCAUCUGAGAGCAUUCUGUAUGAGAAAAAAUGCCUUGUCGCAUACUUAUGACGUCAACUUGACAUUGGCAAAGCAUGAAGUGCUGAAAAGAGGAGCAAUGGCAUUAUUAAGAUCGAUUGGAGCGGUACUCUGCGACUUGGCACCUGGAGCUCAGCACAGAGCUUUUAGUGUGUCAGCAGCUGUCUCAGCUAUUCAGAAAAUGACCCGGGUCCGAGUGGUUGACAACAGUCCUCUUGGAACUACUCCAUACCAUCGCCCACCUAGAGUCAUCCACGUGUACACCAAGAAUGGAAUCGGUAAAGUUGGUGACAGAAUCUUGCUGGCCAUCAAAGGACAGAAGAAGAAGGCCCUCAUUGUGGGACAUAAGAUGCCUGGAAAAACAAUGAGUCCACGAUUUGACUCCAACAAUGUAGUUUUGAUCGAGGACAAUGGAAACCCUACAGGAACAAGAAUCAAAGUGCCCAUCCCUACACAUUUACGAGAGAAGGAAGGAGAGUAUUCUAAGUUAUUGGCUAUUGCACAGAAGUUUGUGUAGUAGUGAGCUGGACUGUGUUAAGAGUGUGUAGUUGGCAUAUUUGGGUAUUAUUUGUGUUUGUCUGAUUAAAUGGAUCUUCAAUGAUGA